AUGAUGUUGCAGAUGACGUUAAGAACAUUAAUCUAUGGUGCUAGACAAAUUGUGACGGUAACACGUAAUAAUGAUGAAAAAUUCUUGUGUGGUAAAGAUAUGCAAGCUAUUGGCAUAAUUAAGUCGGAUACAGUUGGUUUGAGUUUAAUGAUUGAAAAUGAAAAUAUUAUAGCAAUUGGUACUGAUGAUGAUAUUGCUCGACAAUUUGAAGGGAUAGAAGUAGAUAAAAAGAUUGAUGCAUCUGGAUGUUGUAUUCUACCAGGUUUCGUUGAUGCUCAUACGCAUCCUAUUUGGGCAGGUGAUCGAGUUCAUGAAUAUGCAAAAAAAUUAGCAGGCGCUACUUAUAUGGAAAUUAUGCGCGAAGGUGGUGGUAUUGGUUUUACGGUUGAAAAAACGAAGUUAGCUACGGACAAAGAACUUCUUGUUUCGUUAGUUGCUCGAUUGAAACGUAUGCUUCAAGCUGGCACGACUCAUGUUGAAUGUAAAACAGGCUAUGGACUUGAAUGGCCCGAUGAAUUACGUUUAUUGAAACUUCUUGAACAAGCUCGUUCACAUGUAUCUAUUGGUAUAUCGAUAACUUAUUGUGCAGCACAUGCAAUUCCUAAAAAUAGAACAGCUGAAGAAAUGACUGAAGAUAUUGUAAAUAAACAAAUAAAAGCAUUGAAAAAAUUCAUAGAUAGCAAAGAAAUAAAUGUUAAUGAUAUUGAUGUCUUUUGUGAGAAAGGUGUUUAUGAUAUUGAGCAAAGUCGUCGAAUACUUCUUGCCGGUAAAGAAAUUGGGCUUGGGAUCAAUUUUCAUGGUGAUGAACUGAAUUACACAGGUUCAGCUGAAAUGGGAGCUGACAUUGGUGCACGAGCUAUUAGUCAUUUAGAAUGCAUUUCUGAUGACGGUAUUCGUGCUAUGGCUAGUGCAAAAACUUUUGCAGUUAUUCUACCUCAUACAGGAUAUCUCUUGAGAAUUGAAAUGCCACCUGUACGACGGAUGAUUGAUGCUGGUGUUCCGGUGGCUCUAGGAACCGAUGCAAAUCCAAAUGCUUUUUCAUCAGCUAUGUCGAUAUCAAUGAAUUUGGCUUGUGUUUUAUGUCAUAUGAGUUUAGAAGAAGCAUUAGUAGCUGCAACAAUCAAUAGUGCUGCAGCAUUAGGAAUCUCAGACAAAUAUGGAUCACUUGAAGUUGGAAAAAAAGCGGAUUUAAUCAUAUGUCGAUGUCCAUCGUGGGAACAUAUUAUCUAUCAGUUUGGUGAUCAUGCUCAUCUAAUUCAAUAUGUACUCAAACAUGGUGCAAUUGUAUAUGCAAAAGCUAAAUAA